AUUUCGGUGGAAACAUCAAUAUUGAAACCAUCAGUUCUUUCAUCGAUGGCGGUGGCAGCGUCCUUGUGGCGGCCAGCUCUGACGUAGGGGAUCCUCUGCGGGAAUUGGGCAGUGAAUGCGGCAUUGAGUUUGAUGAGGAGAAGACGGCGGUCAUCGAUCACCACAACUACGACAUAUCUGACCCCGGACAGCACUCUCUGAUUGUAGCGGAAUCUCAGAAUCUCCUGAAAGCCCCGACCAUUGUGGGGAAGUCCACCCUGAACCCCAUUCUCUUCAGAGGAGUCGGGAUGGUGGCCGAUCCAGACAACCCCCUGGUCCUGGACAUCCUGACCGGAUCCUCCACCUCCUACUCGUUCUUCCCGGAUAAACCCAUUACUCAGUACCCUCACGCGGUUGGGAAGAACACCCUCCUGAUCGCCGGGCUCCAGGCCAGGAACAACGCCCGCGUCGUCUUUAGCGGCUCCCUGGACUUCUUCAGCGAUGCGUUCUUCAACUCUGCCGUGGAGAAGGCCGCCCCGGUAUCUACCAGGUAUGCCAAGACCGGGAACUACGAGCUGGCCGUGGCCCUCUCUCGCUGGGUGUUCAAGGAGGAGGGAGUGCUGAGAGUCGGGGCCGUGUCCCAUCACCGCGUCGGAGAGGUGGAGCCUCCCACUGCGUACACCAUCACCGACCUCGUGGAAUACAGCAUCGUGAUUGAAAAACUCUCCGAAGGCAAAUGGGUUCCCUUCGAUGGAGACGACAUCCAGUUGGAGUUUGUCCGCAUUGACCCUUUUGUGCGAACCUUCCUCAAGAAGAACGGUGGAAAAUACAGCGUCCAGUUCAAACUUCCUGACGUCUACGGCGUGUUCCAAUUCAAAGUAGAUUAUAACCGGCUGGGAUAUACUCACCUCUACUCCACCACACAGGUGUCGGUGCGCCCCCUGGAGCACACCCAGUAUGAGCGCUUCAUCCCCUCCGCCUUCCCGUACUACGCCAGCGCCUUCUCCAUGAUGUUCGGCCUCUUCGUCUUCAGCCUCGUCUUCCUACACAUGAAGGAGAAGGAGAAAUCCGACUGAGGAGCCAUCAGUACCGUACCACAGAGAGCGGGGGGGCGGGCCUGUCCAUGGGAGCGGGGGGGCGGGCCUGUCCAU